AUGCGGAUUUCUCUUCAUGACAUCACUGAAGUGAUUCUAGCUGAAGUACUUCUUGCUCUCACCUCAGAGACAGGGAAAUUCUCGACGUUCACACUGAAAUCCAUCCGAUGGGGUUGGAAGCAAUUGCAACUUUCGUGCUUUCAGUUUUGCAUGGCACCAUUGAUAUCGUCUUUCACUAAGCAAAUUGUGAUCCGUGACCGCAAAGAGUCGCUAGUCUAUCCUUUGUUAGUGCUAGUGCAAUGGGAAAGACGUAUUUUGACUAGCCAAGCAUCCAUCACGGAAAUCUUGGUGUUAGGAACCUUUUUGCUGAUGUCAUUUUCCGGCAUGCGUUUCGGUGACAUUCAACGUAUGAUGCUCCACAGGUGGCAGUAUGACAGUUCCACCCUCAGAGGACUGGCGUGGCGCACCAAGACGUGCGCUAGUGGAGUCCCAUGGGGCAUCCAAUGCAGUUGCUGA